UUUCGUUUCGUUCGGUUCGGUUUUCGUUUUCCGUUGCGGAUCAGGGGCAGGUUAAUAAAAAAAAAAACAAUUUUCUCGCAUUCCGUUUCCGUUCCCGGAAGCAUCGUCGAAGGCGAAUAUGGUGGCAUCGGAGCAGCUGAGGAUGCCCUCGUUACUUUCGCUCGACGAAAACGAUGCCGUUAACCAUGGGAGCAGCCUGGCGGGAUCACUUCCGGCCACCGGCGGCCGGAGGCAAUCCUACGCCGGAAAUCUACCGUCUCCUUCGGUUCACGUGCCGUCGAUUUCGGUCCGAUUAACGCCACCGUCGUCGAAUGGGUUGUAUCCCUCAGGGCUUCGGGCAGCCCACAACGGUUCCAUUCCAGCGGGAUUCGAUCGAGUUUUGAUUCCGAAUGGGGGGAUCCCGGGUCAACGGAACGGAUUGGCCCGGAGUUUGUCGAUGGGUCUUGAAGAGGGUGAAAUCUUGAAUGACGCGAGUGGCGCCGAGGAAGAGAUUGCAGCGUUAAACGGUGCCGAUCGGAUUAAGUUUUUGAAACGAAUCUGCUCGGAUGGGGUUCUGUCGGCGGAUUCCGGUUCGAGCAGCGGGAACCACGUUGGCAGUUACUGGAUGCUGGUCGUUACGCCGGUUGUGAGCAGCUUCUCGGUUGCGCUGGUUAUUGCCGCGGUGGCUGGUCCACAGUGGCUUUUUACGGAGGAGAAACUUCCCAAUGGGAACUACAACGGAACGAUGAAUUACAAUUUACGGGAUGAUGGGAUCUAUCUGACCAAGUAUACGAAAUCUUCCCUCUGGAUGUUGUGCAGUAAAACGGGAGGUGGCUCUCUGGGACCUUUUCCGGCUGAGUUCCAGUGUGGGAACAUCGACUAUUUCCCGCAGGAAGACUACGAUCCACACCCCCAGGAUUCUACGAACGCAAUUCCUUACACCGUCACCCAUUCGGCGCCGUUUUUUCUCGCCUCCAGCUUGAUCCUGGUGGUCAGCUACGUCCUGUUCCUGCAGGCCAUGUGCUCGGCGAGGCAGAAAAUCUGCUACUUCGUGUCCGGGGUGUUGUUCAUCAUAACCGGUCUCCUGAUGCUGAUCGGACUUAUCAUGUUCAUAUCAAUCUUAAAAGCGGAAAUCGGUUCCAAACUCCGUCCCAGAUCCUCCCUUCAAGCCCCACUAUUCAGCUUCCGCUACGGACAAAGCUUCCUUCUGUUCGUUUUCGGCUUCGCAAUUACCGAACUGUCCGGUAUCCUGAACGUCCUCAUCUACUCGAACAUGCACCAACGGGAGCUUAAACGUGCUCAAACCUAUCCAACCUAUCAAAGUUUGGGUGGCAACUACUGUACCGUCGCAACUGUGCCAUGUGCCGUACCGAAGCUGACGGACUCGAGUAACGGCUUUCGGACCACCCGGUUUUACUUCGAGAAACCGGAAAAGGAUUGCGUCGUUCAUCGGUAUGGAAGGAAUUCAAGUCGGAAUUCGAGCUUGGUUCAGAGUUUGAACGAGCUGUACACGGAACCGGCACCGGAGAUGCGCAGCACUGCCACAGCCAUGUCUCCGCCCGGUGUGGAUGAUAUUUCUGCCGCUUCCAGGGUGGAGAUCGUUCCUGGCAGUGGAAAGCUGACGAGAAGCGUUUCGACUUGUACGAACAUUAUGGUUAUGGAUGAGGAGCUGAGGAAUGUUAAGGGAGCGGCGAGUGAUGAAAAUCUAAAGAAUAUUUGCGGCUUUUCUAAGCAGUACUUGACGAAAGAACUUUCCAAGGAAAAGUUGUUCAAUGAAUUUUGUAAGAAGGUUGGCCCGAGACCGAAACCGAAAAAUAUCUACUUUAUUGAGGACGAUGGCAAGAAUAAUGAUGGGUUUCAGAAUGUUUUUGUAAUCGAGGGGAACAACAGUGAUGAUGACAAAUUUAAAAGAAAACGACGGAACUCGAUGUUAGAGGAAGGUGGACGUUUGAGCGAAUCGUUAAACCAAAGACAGAGGAUCAAGUCGGACAAUUCGUUGGAACAGAUGAGUGGUGGUUUUAAAACGUCGGAGGAACAUUUGAGGAACAAUUACGAUUUGCGGCAGACUUUACCGAGAAAUUUUUUGAAAAAGAAUUAUAACCAUUUCGUCGAACGGAACGUUUCGGACGAUCGAGGAGGUUCGAACAGCUUGGAUGAUCUGGCAACUGAUAACUGGAAUCGAAGAAUAUCUGCAAGUGGGCUACUGGAACCUGUCAGACUUAACUCAUCUCAAAGCAACUUGGCAUCAACAUCGCCUCACCAUAAUUCAGCUAAAUGGCCAAAGAUCAUCCCAAAAUCUUCAACCGAUUUUCUGAACAUGCAACAAAAAUACCUGCCCGUACCGCCUUCGCCAUCUUACGUCGAAUACGCCAUCCAGCGUUCCCCGGUUCAAGUACAUCGCAGCUACGGGGAUUUGACCAUGUCCCCGCAUUACGCAAGAAUUCAACAGCCCAUAACGGUGUUCAACUACAUUCCUCCUCCGCCACCACCUGGUGCCGGUCUUCAGCAGCGACAAUUCUUCGGAACCGGACCCAACAACUCUUCACCAGUCUUCGAUCUGGACAAAAUCGAAAGCGAACGCCGUAAAUCACACUCGCAGCUGUUUCUCAACAGUCCCGGAAAGGCGACAUCCGCAGCAAUGUCCCUGGCCCGGCAGUCCCAGUCCCAGGGACAGAUCAACGGUUACGAUUUCAUCAAUGGAACGGCGGUUUAAAUUUUGAUAAACAUUUAGAACAUACCCAGACGCAUUUAAUCAACUACCUUACGUCAUAUCAUGAAAUUGAAAGUUAACAGUCCUUUUACUGGUCGGUGUGAUACAUACAUAAAAAGUAGCUGAGAUGGACCCAAUAGUGCCAAUUUUAUAUGACAUAUUUAGAGCAAAAAUCUUGUUUGAUGUUUAGGUCGCAUAAUGGAGCUUGAUGUUUGGAAGUUGUUGUUAUUGGUGGUUAUCGAUGGUACCCGGAAAUGAACUGCUGCAUGCAGAAUGAAACUGUUGUAUACGGAAAGUAAUUUUGAAUAAAAUGUUCACCAGCUUGGUUAUUGACA